UGGUCAACGCUUUGCAAAAUGCAAGAUAUAAGGGAGUUUAUGUCAGUGUUUAUUCCCAUCUUGUAUAUCAUCAUCUUUGUGAUGGGCAUUAUUGGCAAUGGGUUGGUGGUGAUAACCUAUGUAUUUUACAAGAAGAUGAGGUCCAUGACAGAUCUGUAUCUAUUGAAUUUGGCUGUCGCCGAUAUAAUGUUCAUAGCUACCCUACCCUUCUGGGCUGUGUACGAGUCAAAUCAAUGGAUCUUUGGAACGUUUGUGUGCAAAUUCCUUAAGGGAGUAUAUAGCAUCAACUUUUACAGUGGUGUGUUGCUGUUGGCUGUUAUUAGUGUUGACAGAUACAUUGCUAUUGUCCAUGCCACUAAGUCCUUCAACUACAGAGGGAAGGCACUACUUUAUGGAAAAAUAAUUUGUGCCGUCACCUGGUUACUUGUCAUUACUGCCUCCUUGCCUGAUUUCAUAUAUUGUGAAGUGUACGAUUUUACAACCUCUGGACAGAAGCUAUGUGAGAUCAGGUAUCCCAAGGAAUGGUCAAAAAUAGGCAAAUUGAUUGCCCCAUCAAUACAGUUAUCAUUGGGGUUUUUUGGACCCCUGUUGGUCAUGUUCUUCUGCUACUCUAUGAUAAUCCAUACUCUUCUCAGAGUCAGAAGCUUGCAGAGACACAAAGCAGUUCGGGUUGUAAUGGCAGUGGUAGCAGCCUUUGUUGUUUGUCAAGUGCCGUACAACAUUACCACACUUAUUGAAACUUCAGUUAAAAACUUACACUGUGAAGCUUUAAAACGCUUGAGCCUUGCAAAAACUGUGACUAAAUGCUUAGCCUUUUUUCACUGUUGCCUAAAUCCCAUCCUCUAUGUAUUUAUUGGGGUUAAAUUCAGGUUUUAUUUUUCAAAGAUUAUCCGGGAUGUUUGGUGCUUAAGCAAGAAGUACAUCACAUUUCGGUACAUCCAGUCGAGACGAACCAGUGAGGUAUUUACGUCAAGGCGCACUUCUGAAUUUGAAAUAGAUACCCCAUCAUCUUUCACCAUGUGAUCAU